GCGCCGAGCCCGGGCCGGAGCGGGCGAACGGGCCGAGCGGCGGCCGGGGCCGGGCCGGGCCGGGCAGGGCCGGGGCGUGGGUCGGCGGGAAGAUGGCGAACGUGGGGCUGCAGUUCCAGGCGAGCGCGGGGGACUCGGACCCGCAGAGCCGGCCCCUACUGCUGCUCGGGCAGCUGCACCACCUGCACCGCGUGCCCUGGAGCCACGUCCGCGGGAAGCUGCAGCCCCGGGUCACCGAGGAGCUCUGGCAGGCAGCCCUGAGCACGCUCAACCCCAACCCCACGGACAGCUGUCCCCUCUACCUGAACUACGCCACCGUGGCUGCCCUGCCCUGCAGGGUGAGCCGGCACAACAGCCCCUCAGCCGCCCACUUCAUCACGCGGCUAGUGCGGACCUGCCUGCCACCCGGAGCACAUCGCUGCAUUGUGAUGGUCUGCGAGCAGCCAGAGGUGUUUGCUUCCGCCUGUGCCCUGGCCCGGGCCUUCCCGCUGUUCACCCACCGCUCAGGUGCUUCUCGGCGCUUGGAGAAGAAGACGGUCACCGUGGAGUUUUUCCUGGUAGGACAAGACAACGGGCCGGUGGAGGUGUCCACAUUGCAGUGCUUAGCAAAUGCCACAGACGGCGUGCGGCUAGCAGCCCGCAUCGUGGACACACCCUGCAAUGAGAUGAACACCGACACCUUCCUCGAGGAGAUUAACAAAGUUGGAAAGGAGCUGGGGAUCAUCCCAACCAUCAUCCGGGAUGAGGAACUGAAGACGAGAGGAUUUGGAGGAAUCUAUGGGGUCGGCAAAGCCGCCCUGCAUCCCCCAGCCCUGGCUGUCCUCAGCCACACCCCAGACGGAGCCACGCAGACCAUCGCCUGGGUGGGCAAAGGCAUCGUCUAUGACACUGGGGGCCUCAGCAUCAAAGGGAAGACUACCAUGCCAGGGAUGAAGCGAGACUGCGGGGGUGCCGCGGCCGUCCUGGGGGCCUUCAGAGCUGCAAUCAAGCAGGGCUUCAGAGACAACCUUCACGCCGUGUUCUGCUUGGCUGAGAACUCGGUGGGACCCAACGCGACCAGGCCAGAUGACAUCCACCUGUUGUACUCAGGGAAGACGGUGGAAAUCAACAACACGGACGCCGAGGGCAGGCUGGUGCUGGCAGAUGGCGUGUCCUAUGCUUGCAAGGACCUGGGGGCUGACAUCAUCCUGGACAUGGCCACCCUGACCGGGGCUCAGGGCAUUGCCACAGGGAAGUACCACGCCGCGGUGCUCACCAACAGCGCUGAGUGGGAGGCUGCCUGCGUGAAGGCGGGCAGGAAGUGUGGGGACCUGGUGCACCCGUUGGUCUACUGCCCCGAACUGCACUUCAGCGAGUUCACCUCAGCCGUGGCUGACAUGAAGAACUCGGUGGCGGACCGAGACAACAGCCCCAGCUCCUGUGCUGGCCUCUUCAUUGCCUCACACAUCGGCUUUGACUGGCCCGGAGUCUGGGUCCACCUGGACAUUGCUGCACCGGUGCAUGCCGUGAGUGUCCCCACUCUCCACCAGCCCAGGCUGCUCCUGCCCUCUUGUCCAAACAGAGUGCCCCUCUGGCUCUGGAGCUGCUGGCCGAGCUCAUCAGAAACUUCUGUGUCCGUGACCCAGCUUCCAGUCUGCUGUCCCGCCCAGGUCUCAUCCUCCCUGGGAACAGAGUGGCUGCUGUGUGUGACCCUUCCCCAGCCAGCCUGUCCUCCACAGGGGGCCCUGGGCCCUCUGUCUCACCCAUCCCCACCCUGAGGAGCUCCUGGGGUUGAGGCAGAGCACACAGGGCCUUGUCCACCACCUGUGUCUGGCCUGCUGGCCCUGAGUGUGUCCAGCCAGCAGCAUGGAAGGCCGAGGGCUCCAGCUGGUGCUCAGGAUCUCCUUCCUGAGAAGGGGACUGUGGGGCACGUGGAGGGGACCCAGGAGGUGAGGGGUCCCCAGGAGCCCCUCCCGUGCUGCAGCCCCACGCCCAGAGUCUCUGUCCUGCGCUUUGCUUGCAGGGUGAGCGAGCCACGGGCUUCGGUGUGGCCCUCCUGCUGGCGCUCUUCGGCCGUGCCUCUGAGGACCCCCUGCUGAACCUGGUGUCCCCGCUGGGCUGCGAGGUGGAUGUCGAGGAGGGGGACGUGGGGAGGGACUCCAAGAGACGCAGGCUUGUGUGAGCCUCCUGCUUCGGCCCUGACAAACGGGGAUCUUUUACCUCACUUUGCACUGAUUAAUUUUAAGCAAUUGAAAGAUUACCCUUAAGAUGGGUUUCGGUUUUUCUUUGUGGUCGUCACCAUGGUGGUGGAAACAGCUGAAGUUUUAGGAGACAGCUUACAGUUUGGUGCAGGCCACGGUGAGGGGACCGGCAAGCGCUGGGGCUUGUUUCUGUUAGUUACUUACAGGACUGAGACAGCUUCUGUAAAUUGCUACCCUUGGGGCCUUCUGCACCCCGGGGUGAGGCCUCCUGCCUGCCUGGUGCCCUGUCCCAGCCCCAGGUCCUGUGCAGGGCACGCGUGUGGCUGACAGCCAGGCUCUUACUCCAGCCGGGGCUGCCAGGGCAUCCAGCCAGCCCAGCCCUGUGAAAGAUGGAACUGACUUGCUGCAGGGGACCCGAUUUUAUAGGGCAAGAGAAGUCACACUCUGGCCUCUUAGAAUUCACUUGAGGUUCAAUUAAAUAUGGUCACACCACCCCCUCA